AUGUGUGGAAUUUGGGCUCUUAUUGGAAAAGAAUAUUGUAAUGAGAAACACGGAAAAGAAUUUAUGAAAAUUGUUGGUCGUGGUCCUGAUUAUACUAUUGUAAAACAGGUUCAAAAAAAUGCUUGGUUAGGAUUUCAUCGUCUUGCUAUUGUUAUUCCAGGUGAUGUUCCAUCACAACAACCAAUAGUAUCAGGAAAUUUAUCUGUUGUAUGUAAUGGUGAAAUUUAUAAUCAUUUUUCAAUAAAAGCAUCAUAUCAAAUUGACUCAAAUAAUAUAUUAAAUGGUGGUAGUGAUUGUGCUGCUAUCAUCCAUUCAUUUCUUUUAAAUAAUCGCAACAUUGUAAAAACAUGUGAAUCAUUAGAUGGAGUUUUUGCUUUUGUUAUGGCAGAUGAGGAUAAUUUGUAUGUUGGAAGGGAUGCUCUUGGUGUUCGACCAUUAUUUUAUGGACAUACGAUUGAGGGAGAUAUUAUUUUUGGAUCUGAGGUAAAAUGUAUUGAAAAAUUAGUUGAAAAAGUUGAAUUUUUUCCACCAGGAUGUUGUGCAGAGAUUCCUCUUAAAAAAAAUCAAUUUUCACAAAAACAUACAAUGAAUUUACAACAAUUUUUUAAUGUUCCUAUUAAACCACAUAAAAGUUUUGAUAUGAUUGAAGCACAGACAUUGGUACGUGAAGUUCUUGUUCAGUCUGUUGAGAAAAGAUUAAUGGGAAAUAAAAAGUUUGGUUUUAUGCUUUCUGGUGGUCUUGAUUCAUCUUUAAUUGCAGCAAUAGCCUCAAAAUAUUUAACUCACCAAAAACCAAUUGCUUUUUCAGUUGGUUUUGAGGAUUCACCUGACUUGGAGAAUGCCCGUAAAGUAGCAGAAUUCCUUAAUAUACCUCAUGAAAUUCUUGUCAUAACACCAGAAGAUUGUAUUAAUAUUAUUCCUGAUGUCGUUUAUGCUUUAGAAACUUACGAUCCACUUAUAAUUCGUUGUGGUAUAGCACAUUAUUUACUAUGUAAAUAUAUUAGUACAAAAUCUGAUGUUCGUGUUCUUUUGUCAGGAGAAGGUGCAGAUGAAUUGUUUGGUUCAUAUGCCUAUAUGCAACGUGCCCCCAAUUCAUCACAUCUACAUAGGGAAAUUUUAAGAAGAUUAAAACAUUUACAUCAAUAUGAUGUUCUUAGAUGUGAUAGAUCAACAAGUUGUCAUGGUCUAGAAAUAAGAGUACCAUUUUUAGAUAAAAAAUUUAUUAAAUUAACAUCAAAAUUACCACCAACAAUGAAAUUAAUUAAAGAUCAACUUGAAAAGUAUGUAUUAAGAAGUGCUUUUGAGGGAUGGCUUCCAGAUGAAGUACUUUGGAGAAGUAAAGAAGGUUUUGCUGAAGCUUUAGGUAAAAUUGAUCUUGGAGAUAUAAUUAAUGAACAUACAAAUAAAAUUAUUUCUGAUACAGAAUAUAAUUUAAGAUUUAAACUUUUUCCUCAUAAUACACCAGAAUCAAAAGAAGAAAUGUGGUAUAGAGGAAUUUUUGAAGAAUGUUAUUCAAUAGGUAAAAUGACUGAUGUUGUUCAUACCAAAGUAUAUAAAACCGCCGCCUGGCAUAUAGUAGAUGAGAAGGAGAAUUGCAAAGAUAGAUUGAUGGUAUUUUGUGGAUCUUCAAGUUUAAGAAGAAAAUCAACAGGAAGUGCUACAUUCUCUGGAGUUGCAUAA